AUGGAUGAUUUCCCGGAUGAGGUCGUCCUCAAGAUCUGUGGAUACCUAGACUUCAAAGACUUGGCUAGUCUGCGCUGUGUCACCCGACGUCUUGCCCAGGUCGGAGCCGAAAUCCUGGUCAAGAGAGUACGUUUCCACGUCGGUCACGAUUCCCUCCAACGUCUCAAGGCCAUUGCGGCGCAUAAUGUGCUGUGCAAAUCCGUCGAGACGGUCGUCUUCGAGGGCAACCUCUUGGCCAACGUCGGUUGCGUCCACGCCUUCACCCUUCACUUUGAUAGCGACAAUCUUACGGCCGACCGCCCCAGCAGUCCGCCUUACGGAGCCACUGAGCGUGAGAUGAGACUCUUUGAUCGCAACCUCCACAAAUAUCAGACUGAGAUCAACAACAAGUUUCUCCGCUACCGUGAUUUCUACGACACUCAACAGGCCAUCCUCAAGUCCGACUCUUACACCUCUUUGAUAUCCGACAGCAUCAAGCGCUUCCCCAAACUCAAAAAAAUCGCCCUCACCACCGUCGGCAGAUGCAGACAUGUGCUGUCAGAGCGCUUCAUGGACAUGUUCGCCGUCGAAUGUUCCCUCCCUCUGGAGCCCGACACCCGCCAGACGGCGGAACAGCUCAAAGCCAUCCUCUUUCAUGAUUCUCAGCCUCUGGCCAGCGUCCGCGAGUUGGAGGUGCACGUCUUGAGUCCCAAAUUCUUCACCGGCUUCAUCCCUCCCCCUCAACUCUCCUCCGUUUUUGUCCACCUCAAAGUGAUCGAUCUCAAUUUCCGAUUGGAGAGAGACGACCGCGGCCUGUCCCAUACCAUGACCGCCGGAUCUCGCUACGGAAAAUUCGCCAAAGGUCAUCUCCGUGAGGCACUCCAGGCGGCCGGGGGACUGCAGAAACUCACCGUCAACUUCGAUGACUUUGGCUACUACGGACCGUGUACCGAUCUGAAGCACGUGUUGGGAGAUUCCGUCUGGCCUGAACUGCACUUUUUGGAUCUGGACUGCAUGACCACUUCUGAGGGAUAUUUGAUCGAUGCCUUGAGACGCCAGCCCGCCCUGAGCAAGCUCACCAUCGGUUUCUUCACCCUCGAGGACGGACUGUGGACUACCGCCACAGAGUUGAUGCGUAAGGCUCUUCACCUCAAGCUGUUCGUGGCCCACGGUAUCUUGGAAGAUCCGGAGCGCAUGCAUCCCAUGCACCUGAUCGACAGCGAUUCGUACGCGGAAAACUACGUCGAGUUCUCACUUACCAACGCCCUCGACAUGUACGUUACCGACGGGGUCCCGUCCGACUCGGACCUCGACGAAUACCAUCCUCUCGAUGACGACAACUUUUCCGACCCGGAUGAACUUCGCGAAGAGUUUGGCCCUUAUGAUUCUUUCGACGACAUGGACUGCAGCGAGUGA